CCCGCCCUCCCCAGCUGGCCCGCGCAGCACGCCGGCUCUGCGAAGCGGUUAAAGGGUCGCACGUGGACGGCGGGGGGCUUCUUCGUGAGUCGCGUGCGCCGCGAUGCCUGGGCAAACGGAGUUGCCGAGCCGGGAGGAGGCUCUGUCGGGCAGAUCCGAGGCCAUCGCAGUCCAAGCUGUCCAUGCUGUCAAUAAAAAUCCAACAUAUCCUCCAUUUCCAGAAGGAAUGCAGACAGCAAUAUUUGGCAUGGGAUGUUUCUGGGGAGCAGAAAAAAUGUUUUGGAAGCUGUUGGGUGUCUUCUCCACACAGGUGGGCUUCUCAGGAGGCUUCACCCCCAAUCCCACCUACAAAGAAGUCUGCAGCGGGAUGACAGGACAUGCGGAGGUGGUCCGAGUGGUGUUUGACCCACAGAAGAUCAGCUAUGAAAAGCUCCUUCGAUUUUUCUGGGAGAACCAUGAUCCAACCCAGGGAAUGAAGCAGUACAAAGACAGUGGAACACAGUAUCGCUCAGCCAUCUACACUAUUGGAGCAGAGCAGUUGGAAUCAGCCUUAAGAUCCAAGGCAACAUAUGAACAGGAGUUGGCUAAGAAGCAAUGGGGACCAAUAACCACGGAGAUUCGGGAGGCUGGCAAAUUCUACUACGCUGAAGAUUACCACCAGCAAUAUCUGCACAAAAACCCGGAUGGCUAUUGUGGCCUGCAAGGCACUGGAGUUGCCUGCCCCAUAGGCAAAUGAGUUUCCCAAUGGGAGUAUCCUUGGGCGCCAUGGUAAUCAUAACCCUUGAACAGUUACCAUGGCAACCGGGUGGCCUAGCAUCUUCGUAAUUCAACUGUGAUUUAGCAACGGGGGCCAUUGUUCCCUUCUUUUGUGUCCUGUAGGACACUGUAAGAUUUGGGGAUCGGGGCAAAAACAGGCAGCCUGCUGGAAAAAAUUUGCUGUGAAUGUUAAUGCUUUGGGUGGAAGGGAUAGAUAUAAAAUUUCAGUCCAACACAGAUGUUUGAGAUUGCCUGACAGGGCACUGAUAAAUACACAUUAUGCAUUUCUCCUUCUUGUUGUUUCUCCAAUGUCCCCAAGAAAGCUGAUGGACUCCUCCACCUUUGCAAUGAAUUUGUUUAUCCAGUAUUGCCCUCUCUUUGGCUUGGUAGGCCUUAGAGAGAGAAAACAUUGCUCUUUUGACCUCAUGAAGGAUUCUAUAUCUGGGGCUUCUGAUAAACCAAGCUCCCAUGCUACCCUCAAUCUACCUCUGCCUAGUGGAUCUUUUGAUACUAAAUUCUUCAAUAUGGUGCCUAUGAGCUGAACAGUUCUGCAGGCACUUCUUCUGGAUUCUGACAAGCUUUCCCAUCUCUCUUCGUUUUUUAUAAAAUGCAUUUAAAUGUUUCAUUGGGUUUUAACUGGGAAACUUGCAAACCAGCUACUGACCUCUAGUACCAUCCUUUAUUUUCAGAAAUACCUCAGGAACUCCAGUUAAGUCUUAGACAGUCACAACAUGUGUGCAUGGAAGUGAUAUUUUGCCAGUCCAGGCUGGUGGCUGGUAUGUGUUUUUCUGUCAUUUUGUGAUACCUUCUGUUUCAUUGGUGGGUGGAGAUAAUGUUGUGUGUUCAGUUGGGAAAACACACGUGUCUCCAACUUCAGGGAUGCAAUUCUCUAAUCAAAGCACAUGCACAGAUAGGUACAGGUAGUCCUUCUUUUGCGAUCACAAUUGGGACCGGCAACUCGGUUGUUAAGCGAAGAGGUUGCUAAGUGAAACCAUGACUGUGCUUAUGAUCUUACUUCAGCUUUCCUUUGCUUUGCAGACCUGCAAAGGUUGUAAAUGCGAGGACUAGUCGCAAAGUUACUUUUUCAUCACUGUUGUAACUGUGAACAGUCAAUAAACAAGGCAGUCGCUAAACAAGGACCACUUGUACACAAAAAAGCUUGUUGGCAAAAAUUCCACAAAAGUAGUGCAUAUAUUAAGGGCAUUUACAAAACAUACAUGUGUAUUUUAAGGGUAAUAUCCACAGAAAUGUCAUAUGCAUCAUUUGGGAUGCAAGAAGCCUGACCAACCAAACCGGAAAUGAAGAGAAGCUUAAAUCAAGAGGGUCAUACAUCCGUAAUAAAAUAUGUGUUUUGCCUUUG